AUGGCUGAAGAACAAGGAGGACUUGACAAGCCUUGCCUGCAGGACUCCUCGUCUAGUGAGGAUGCGUCAAGAUCGAUCGUCCGGGUUCAGGAGGCGCACAUCUUGCAAGAACGCAAGAUUGGCGUUUUCGGAGCUAUUUCGCUGAUUGUGAAUAAGAUUGUCGGCGCAGGAAUCUUCUCUACCCCGGCGUCUAUCUUCCAACUAAGCGGCAGCCCGGGGAUGGCGCUUAUUCUUUGGGUCAUCGCUGGCGCGAUUUCGACAUGUGGAGCUAUGGUGAUGUUAGAGUUUGGCACCAGCAUUCCCCGAUCCGGUGGCAUGAAAGUUUAUCUGGAACGUUCAUACUCACCCAAGUUAUUGUGUACCUGCAUAUACCUUUUCUAUUGUGCUGUUUUGCAAACCCCAGCCAGCAAUGCCAUCACCGCUGCUUCAUAUCUUCUCAAAACCGCUUCGGUUGAAUCAACUACGUGGAGGCUGCGUGGACUAGCAAUUGGUGCAGUAUCAUUUGCCGUGGGUGUUCAUAGUAUCGCGCCACGAGUUGGAAGAAAAUUGCAGGAUGUUCUUGGUGCAUUGAAACUUUUUAUCCUGUUAUUCAUUGUCUGCACAGGAUUUGCUGCUCUGGGCGGUCAUGUCCGAGGUGACAAGCCUCAUAAUUUUGACAUUUCGACAUCUUUCAAGGGCACAUCAAAUAACGGUUACAACAUCGGGACAGCGUUGCUUGAUGCAAUAUUUUCCUUCCAGGGCUAUGACAAUGUGAAUGCAGUGCUGUCGGAGGUCCACAACCCGCAACGCACUCUACGCAUUGCAUUGCCUACCGCGAUGGGCUCUGUUACUGUGCUCUAUGUUCUUGCAAACAUUGCCUACUUCGCAGGUAUUUCACGAGAGGAGUUCUUGCAUUCCGAUCUAACGAUUGCGGCCUCGCUAUUCAACAAUGUCUUCGGGCAGUCUGCAGCAGUGAAAGCUCUGCCGGCUCUAGUAGCUAUUUCAGCGAUCGGACAUCUCCUCAGUGUGGCAUUCACCGUGUCACGGGUUCUUCAGGAAUUGGCUAAAGACGGAAUAACUCCAUUCCCAAACAUUCUGAUGCAAAAUCGUCCAUUUAAAGCACCCAUCGUAUGUCUUGCUAUUUACCUGGGAAUAGCCAUUUUCUUCAUCUGUACCCCUCCAGCAGGUGAUGCUUUUGAUUUUGUCGUCAGCCUGGGUACUUACCCAACGGUAUUUCUCUUGACUCUUGUCACAAUUGGCUUGAUCAAACUGCGCCUUGAUCGAAGUGACAAUUUCCAAUCAUCUUUCAAAGUUCCAUGGGCUAUCUUGGUGUUCUACCUGGCUGGGAAUAUUGUCGGUUUAGUUUUCCAUCUUAAUUUGACAAAUAUCUGCUGA